AUGGAUUUAUCAUCACAAGAAUACGAUCCUACUCAGUUUUGUUUUCCUGCAGUGAACAACUCUUGCCUUAAAGGCGCACAUCAUGUGUCCACUCAGACUGUGGUGUAUCUCAUAUUGGCGUCAGCAAUGACUGUGACCAUUCUAGGAAACUCAGUGGUCAUUAUUUCUAUAGCACACUUUAAGCAGCUCCAGACACCGACAAAUAUCCUGGUGAUGUCUCUGGCUCUGGCGGACCUGCUGCUUGGACUGGUGGUCAUGCCUUUCAGUAUGAUCCGUUCUGUCGAUGGCUGCUGGUACUACGGAGAAACCUUCUGUAUGCUUCACUCAACUUUUGACUUGUUCCUCACAUCCGUGUCUAUUUUGCAUCUUGUUUGUAUUGCUGUUGAUCGACAUCAGGCUGUGUGUUACCCGCUUCAGUAUCCAACAAGAAUAACCAUAUCUGUUGCAUGGGUCAUGGUGAUGAUAAGUUGGGCUGUGAUUGCAAUCUAUUCAUAUGGCCUGGUGUAUUCAAAGGCUAAUGUGGAAGGACUGGAGGAUUAUAUUGUAUCUAUAUACUGUAUGGGACAUUGCAGUCUGCUUUUCAGUAAAUUGUGGUCUGUUUUAGACACAUUUAUAACUUUUUUCUUCCCUUCUUGUGUCAUGGUCGGACUGUACAUCAGAAUAUUUAUUGUUGCAAAAAAGCAUGCAAGAGUAAUCACUGAGGCAAACCAGAAUGAAAAUGAGAAUGUGUUUAAAAGCUCUCGGCGAUCUGAAAGAAAAGCAGCAAAAACUCUUGGUAUAGUUGUGGGUGCUUUUAUUAUGUGCUGGUUGCCCUUUUUUAUUAACUCUCUGGUGGAUCCCUACAUCAACUUUUCCACACCAGUUGCUCUGUUUGAUGCACUUGUCUGGUUAGGCUACAUUAACUCAACCAUAAACCCCAUCAUAUAUGGCUUUUUCUACCCAUGGUUUAGAAAAACCCUUUAUUUGAUUAUAACAAGAAGAAUAUUUGAACCAAACUCAUCUGAUAUCAAUGUUUUCACUGUGUGA